UAUAUUCAGCUGAAGAUGUUGAAAACCCUAGCUAGGGUUUAAGCACCUGACCGUUUCAAAGCAAAACCCCAAACUAUUUAUAUUCGCUUGAUAUUAGCACUUAUGGAAUUUCACUUUUCUCAUUCUUCAACCCGAGUUCUUCUUGUCUGCGUUCUCAAAUGGUAGGGCUCAUCCCUGAACUAACCCUCGAAGACCUCGAUCUAGCUUCAAAGACCAAGAAUUCGAAGGACCCACCUGACCCUGUUGAUCCCAGAGACUUGACGUUUGCAGAUUCGUUCUUGGAUUUUGAGUCCAUAGAGGAUUGGUUUAAGGAUAUACCAAGCCCUGAUAUGGCAGAAACAGGGGAGGUCAAGGUUGAGGUGGUUGAAGAAGGGUUUAUUAGAGAGGCAAAUGGCUGUGAAGGCCAAAUUUUUAAUGUGUAUAACCCAAUUGAUUGUGGGUCUGAACCGACUGUUGAUGGGACUGUGCCAAUUGAUUGUGGUUUUGUGGAGAAGGUGGAGUGUGAAAUAUCAGAACAUUUGAGUUGUUCUAUUGAGGAAGAGCUGGGGAAGGUCAGUUUGCUUGGAGGGUGUGAUCAAAAUUCGGUUCUUGAUGGUGGGAAUUGUAUGAGGAGUGAGAGGCAUGAGGAAAGUUCGGCUCUUAAUGGUGAGAAUGGUAUGCAGAGUGAAAUAGUGAGUCGUAAUGCUGGAGAAAGAGAACCACAGAAUAAUGAGAAUGGGAAUGAAAGUUUGAAAUCCAAGAUUGAAGGUGAGAAUGGUGCUAGGAGUGAAAUAGUGAAUGAAAGUUCAGAGUCCUCAUCGUCGUCUUCGAGUAGCAGCUCGAGUGAUGAUGACAGCAGUGAUGAUGAUGAUGAUAUGGAUGAGGAGGAAAACGAGAAAGGGAAAAUGAAGGUGGAGGUGGAGGAAUGCGACGAGGCUGGUGAAAUUGAAGAAGGUGAGAUACGGGAUGCUGAUGGAGGGGAGAAGGGAGAUAAGACACACUAUAUAGAUUAUGAAAGUGCUGAUGAUGAUGAUGAUGAUGAAGUGGUUGCUUGGACUGAUGCGGAAAUUUUUGAUGAUGGAGACGAGGAAGAGGAUGAUGGUGGAGCUCUGAAAGGACCCAUUAGGUCCAAGAAUGAGCUUGAGGUACUUCCACCUAUUCCUCCUGUGAAUGUGACCUUGGAACCACAUCAUCAGAUGAUGCCUGUGGGAGUUGUUUUAUCGAUCCUUGGUACCCAAGCCAUCGUAGAAGGGGUUGAGAAGCACAAUCCUCUAAACGAGGGUUCAAUUCUUUGGAUAACCGAAAGCAGAUCUCCGUUGGGGUUGAUAGAUGAAAUCUUCGGACCUGUCAUACACCCUUAUUAUGUGGUGAGAUACAAUUCAGAAAGUGAAAUCCCUGCUGGAAUACAAGCAGGCACUUUGGUCUCUUUCGUUCCGGAGUUUGCAGAUCAUGUGCUCAAUGACAAGGAUGUUUACAAAAAAGGUUAUGAUGCAUCUGGUAAAAAUGAUGAAGAGGUGUCAGAUGAGGCAGAAUUUUCAGAUGAUGAGAAAGAGGCUGAAUACAGGAGAAUGCAAAAAAUGACAAAGAGGGGAAUGAAUGACCAGAAUCUUGGCAAUAUGAAAAACAACAGAAAAAAGGGUAAAAACAAGCCUGGACCCUGGAAAAAUGAUCAACCUUCACCCCACCAAACACCAAAGGAUGCAGGUCAGCUGCCUCCCAAUCAACACCAACAUCAUUUCUCUCCAGCUGCACCAUCAUUUGAUCGCGGUUAUUAUCCAUCUUCUUCUGCAGCACCACAAGGUUUCGUUGGUGGGACUGGAUUAGUUCCACCAUUUCCAGCUGCUACACAGGCCACUGGUAUGAACGCAACUUCAAAUGGAGUUUGGACAAAUGGGAUGCCGUUUCAGCAACAAAAUACACCCUUCCCUAAUGGAUUUACAAAUAAUAGUUCACCGUGGCCUUCACCCUAUAAUCAUCAAUAUCCUUAUCAAAUGCCUAUUCCGGAGAGAUUGCCAUUCUAUCCGCAGGCUGAAGGUCAGAGAUUUCUUUCUGGUGGACAGUUGAAUUCCUUUGCAGGACCAACGUAUUCACAGGGGCUGAUGGGUCAACAUGGCUUCAAUCAAACAACAUUUGGGAUAGGUUUACAGGGCCAACCCACACCAGGUCAACAAUUGAAUGUCUUUGCAGGACCCAUGUAUCCACAGGGGAUGGUGGGUCAGCAUGGUUUCAACCAAAAUGCAUUCGGGAUAGGUUUACAAGGCCAACCUACUCACCCGACCUUAAAUGCAGACCAAGGAAUGCUGUCGAAUAGAUUGCCUGUUGAACAGAACUGUAAUAUGCCACAGCCUGUUGCAAAUACAGGCAACGUGGACAUGCAGCAAUUUAAUCCGGGCGCAUCUUCUAAUCGUGGAAGGAGACCGUCUCAUAGAGGGGGUCGUCAUUUUGGAAGGGGAAGAGGUAGGCAGCAAUCAAGGUGAAAGUUAUGGCAUGCUCUGCUGCACCAAGCACACUGAAGUUAAACUACAAUAGGUGAUGAGAAGAGCCACCGUUUUGAACUUGCUUGGUUCUUUUGUAUUCUGUUUACCGAUUUUGAUAGUUCGUGUUCCAUGAUGCCAAUUUUCUCGUUUUUGUAUUUGCUGGUCCAGUAUAUGGAUGAACAUAAUACCCGCAGAAUGGAGAUCAAUGUGAUGCAUUAAAUUCUGUUGGUGCCCUUAUUUAUUAGUAGAAGUUAAAUUCCAAAGCGCGGACUAGGAUGUUAAAAUGGUCUUGGGUGAAGUCGAAUUUUGAAUGUCGAGAAAUUCUG